GGCAGAGUAGAGGGAACCAAACAAACAACCUGAGACACAACUGAAAGAGUCAGGACCCCUCGUAUGGACAACAUGGAGUACAGGCGAUUUGGGACGGAGGAUGAGGGCGAUGAAGAAGAUGCAGAUCUUCAGUACAUGAUUGAACAGAGUUUGCUGGAGAGUAACAAACAGAGAGAAACUCAGAUAGACUCCACAAUGAAAGACGGCUGGAGCUCAGGGUCCGACUCUGCAAACAACAGCAUCAUCUUCACUGCAAUCAGACAAGGUAACGAGAAGCUCCUGAAGAAGUUAAGUGCUGGACAAAAGGAUCAGUUUCUAAAGACAGACAGCAGAGGUUGGACUCCUCUCCAUGAAGCAGCAGCUCAGAAAAACCAAAGAACCCUAGAGCUCAUAUUUAAAGCUUCAGGCCCACGCUCUGUGGAUCUUCAGACCCUCCGCGAUCAGACUCCUCUCUUCCUGGCUGUACAAGAGGGUCUGAUAGAAAACGCCAACUUCCUCCUUCAACAUGGAGCCCAGCCGGACACACAGGACUUCGACCAGGACUCACCGCUGUUUAUAGCUAUCCGUUCAGAGCGCAUUGACAUAGUGAGCCUGCUGCUCCUGCAUGCCUCCAGGGUGAACCAGGAGGGCUGCCACGGCCGCCAGCCCCUCCAUGAGGCCGCUCGGGUGGGAAAUUCAGAGCUGGUCAAGCUGCUGCUGCAGGCUGGAGCACAGCCAGACCCUCGCAGCGACUAUGGGCUCACUCCUCUGGCACUGGCUGCUCAGGCAGGAUACCUGGAGGUGGUGGAGACCCUACUGAGGAGAGGAGCGGACGUCCGAUCACAGGCACAGGAUGAGGCGUCUAUCCUGUACGAGGCGUCUUCAUGUGGAGAUCCAGCUGUCAUCAGUCUGCUGCUGGAAUUCGGCGCUGACCCCAAUGUUGCCAAACUCACAGGACACAUGCCGAUCCACCGUGUGGCUCACAGAGGACACCUACAAGCUCUACAGCUGCUGAUUCCAGUAACUUCUUUCGAUGACGUGAGCGACAGUGGGAUGAGUCCUCUACACUCUGCUGCUGCAGGAGGAAACACAAACUGCAUCAAGGCCUUGCUGGAUGCAGGUUAUGACCCAAACUACAUGCUCUAUCCCAGGAUUCGCCAUAGCUAUGAGGACGAGAGGAAGUCGGCACUCUUCUUUGCUGUUUCUAAUAACGACCUGCCGUCAGCCAGGAUGCUGCUGGAGGCCGGAGCCAUGGCCAACCAAGACCCUGUUAAAUGUCUGCAGGUUGCGCUGCGAUUGGGUAACUAUGAGUUGAUGGACCUGCUGCUGAGGUUUGGAGCCAACGUCAACUAUUUCUCCAGAAUAAACACGACACACUUCCCCUCAGCCCUGCAGUACGCCUUCAAAGACGAGGUGAUUCUCAGGAUGCUGUGUAACUAUGGCUACGAUGUGGAGCGCUGUUUUGACUGUCCCUAUGGUAACGGCUCACACAUUCCUGAGGACUACGAGGGAUGGACCAACACGGUGAUCAAAGACACCAUGUUCUGCGAGGUGAUCACCGUCUCCUGGCUGAAGCUACUCUCAGGUCAGAUGGUUCUCACUCUGUUGGACUACGUGGAUCAUGUGACUUUGUGCUCCAAGCUGAAGGCGACUCUGAUGGAGGAGCGACAGUGGCCCGACAUCUGCAGGCUGCAAGAGAACGCCCGCUCUCUGAAGCAUCUCUGUCGUCUGCGGAUCCGUCGUUGUCUCGGUCGUCUUCAGCUCAGAUCACCUGUCUUAAUGAGCUUCCUGCCGUUGCCGGGGCGACUGAAGGACUACAUCCAGUACCAGGAGUACGACCUGUACGGCCAUCAGAGCAACACAUGCACACCAAAAUCAACAUCAAGAUAAUCUAAAGAAGGAGCGCCCUGGUGGUUGAGUGGUUAGAGCGCAUGCCAUGUAAUGCCAGGGUCCCUGGUUUGAAUCCGGCCAGGGACCAAUGCUGCAGGUCAUUCCCCUCCCUCUCCUUGUUUCCCUUUACCAGUUACUGUAUUAAUAAAAAGGCAAAAACAUAUCUUAUAAUAAAAAAGAUAAUCCAAAGAAGUUAUUCAGCAUGAUCACUCAUCAGGUAAUUUUCUCUCAUACACAUA